AUGUGUUUAUGGCAUUAUAUACUUUCUGAAUCUUAUUAAUAUGACCUGUAAUUUAGGUAUUACAUAUCAAAUAAUACUUAAAAAUUAGAUGAAGUUUCGUCAUAUAGUUGCAGUUGCAUAUUUGAAACUGUUUGUGCAUCUCUGAUGCCAGUAUUGACGAGUACCUAAUUAAUCUGACGUGUGUUGUGAAAGGUAGUGUUUGUACACAGAGUGAGUUUGGAAAUUCCAGUCCUUUGUGAUCAAGGAAAUAAUGAAAACAGUUUGCUAAACUCUUAUCAAUAGUGGUUGUGGACCAUAGAGGGCAUUAUCAAAUGGAUGGAAGUGAGCAGGAGAGCACAAAUUCCGAACUGUCGGACAGCUGGAUGGUAAUAAAUGAUACUGCAACAGAUAAGACUAAGGAUAACGGAACACCUUCCGACGGAAGCGAUGGUGAAUCCGUGGAAGUCAUCGACCAAGAGGAGUGUGAUGAAGUUCUCUCUGGAGAGAUGGACUACGAUGUUGCACAGACAGAUGAAGAGGUGAAUGGACUGAAGAACAAAAAAUAUGUUCAUCAUCCCAACAAAGAUGUUAAUACAGCUCUCAACAUACUGAUGGUAAUUGCAGCUUCCGUUGUUGUAGGACUUGCUAUAGGACAUUACCUUGGUUACUCAGAGGAGGUGAACGACAUGGGCACAAGAGUGAAGAAAUUGCAAGCUGAGAACUUCAAACUAAAGAAUCACAUUUGCCUGACACUGAAAAACUAUGACAAUCAUAUAAUGCAUAUUACAGGUAAUGCUUAUACAGAACUGAAACAUUUUAAUGAAAAUUAUGGUGUGUUCCUCACAGUUUUGCUAAAUCUUACCUGUCCACAUACUGAAGCUAAGGUGUCAGGCUUUCAAACAUCUUUGGAUGACUUACGGCAGGAUAUUCUGAAUGGUCACAUUUCUGAUGAUGAGCUUCAUGACAGAAUUGGUAAUUUAUUACGGAAUCGCUGCAAGGAAGAUGAAGUUAUUGACUACAUGAACUCUCCAGAGAAAGCACUUCAAAGUGAGGGAGGAACUAUUACUACACAAGGAAAGGGACAGACUGCCACAGCCUCGCAAACGACAGAAACUGUCUCAGUCAAAGGAUGUUCUUCACAAAGUAAUGCAUACACUGAAAGUGUAAAAGUAAAAACACAAGAGGAAAGCACUUCUAAGAAGAAAAUACAUGAACACAUGACAAGGACAAGUAUUCCAGAAAGUGCACAAGUGAGGGUGGGAGGCCAAGCAGAAACAAGAAAAAGUGCAUUGUCAGAGGAGCUGAUUGGUUCACUAGCUAAGUCACCAUCUAAAAUUUCUAUAUCUACAUCUACACACAUUUCUGAAAGAUGCCAAGCUGCCACUGAUUCCAAGGACUCACCUGUUAGUACAGAAGAUCCAAACAAAAGUAUGUUAAAACAUAUUGUGAAAGAUGUUGUCCAGGAAAUCAUUGAAUCUGUACUUGCAUUGCAUCACGAUGACAUAAGGGAUAUAAGAAACGAAGCAAAGAAAUUGAUGCAAAGCUUUCCAAUUUUUAAGUCAGCACUAUUACUAAACAUGGAAGCUACCACAAAACUUAAAUCACAUCUGCAGUAUAUCAAAGACAUGCUUUAUUCAGUCCUGGAAAACAGUCCUCAUAUGACCGACAAAAGCAAAAUUGAUGAAAUUUUUAGCAGUGUUAACCUCCAUGCACUGCACUUAGAAAAAGCUAUGGAUUCCCUGCAGGUAAUUGAAGUUUUAAAUCCAAAAGGAAGUGCUGUGUUAAAUGUUGAGAGAAGUAAUGUUUGCACUGUUUCUGAUUUCAUUAAUGAGGUUUUUAUUAAUUAUCACCACAAUACACACCCCAUGGAGCACUAUAGAAAACAUCCUAACAGCCCUCAUGAGGAAAACAAUAUGUAUAGUGCAACUGAAACACCAUCACAUAAAAAAGUCGUAGAUGAUCCUACUGUGGAAGUUUUAUCACAGAAGAGUGCUAUAGAAAGACAUGGAAAGAUUUCUAAUUUCGAAAAUUUGCCGAAGAUAGAAACUGAUGAUAAAUUUGUUACUCAGCACCACCUCCAUUCAAAACUAAGUAAAUAUGACAAAAGACUGACACGUGAAAUCAAAAAAGAGAAAAAGAAGAAGAAACAAGAUCAUGAUAAGAAAAAGUACAAAAAAUCUAAGCAAAAGUCUGCUGAAACCAGAAGAAACAAUGGAAAGGAUGAAUGGAAACAUAAGGAUUUAAAAAAAAUGAAGGAAAAGUAUCAUGACCAAGGAAGAAAUUUAAAGAAGCAAUAUCAUUAUAAAGAAGAAAAACAUUUUAAAAGCAAACUGUAUGACACAAGAAAGAAAAAUACUCAUAAUAUAUACAAAUUGAAUAAAGAUGAAGACUACAGGCAUAGCAACAUGUCUGGGGAUUGGGUGAUUGACAUGAAUAGAGCACGAGCAGAAUCUAGAGAGAAUGAACACAAAAGUGAUUGGCUCUUUGAAAGAGCAUAUGCAAGGAAAGCUAAAAGAAAUGGGAAGUGGGAUAUGAAUAACUGGAAUAACUGGUAUUUUCAAAGAGCUGAAGGUAGAAAGUCAUGUCGUCAGAAAUCUGGCAGUGAAUACAGCAAAAUUCCAGAUCCUCCACCAAAUGAGUCUGAAAAAGAAUACCAUGACAACAAUAGCAAACAGCAUCAAAAACAAAGGAAGUAUUUUAAACCAAAGAGAUGGAUAUCCAAAGCCUAUAUGACUGUUUCAAAAUUCAGAUUUUAAAUAUUUUUUGUAGCAGUAACACACUGUUAACAUAUAUAUUGACAUGUUAAUGAUGGUUAACAUAGUCUGAUUUUUAUAUUGUCUUACAUGACAUGAAUGGCUGUGUUAGUAUGUAACAGGCACCAUGCAACCUUUAUGACUGUUUUCACAUACCUGAAUGUAACAUGUUUAUACUUCUGUGAUAUAGCACAAACAGUAUUGUUUCAAAUACAUUUUACUUUUUUGCUUUGUAUUACUUCACUAAUAUAAUUUCUGUUAUUGAU